AAGUUAAUUAAAACAAAUAGUGAAAAUCCCUAUCUAAUUUUGGGUUGAAAUCCGUCGAUCCGGAUCCGGAAGGUUAAUAGCCGGGAAAUAAUCAUAAAUAGAAGCGGGUAAUGGAAAUUGAUGAAUGAAAAAGGGAUAUUGUGGAGAGGGAAUUUGAAGAGAAGGGAAGAGAAGAGAAGAGAUGGGAAGAGGAGAGUGGUGGGCUUCUUCUAAUUGGUGUUCCUACAAACGUACCACCAUUCUUGUUUGUUCAAUUAACAUUUUUGUUGCUCUCUAUGUGCUUCAUUCAUACACUUCACCAACCAUCAAUGCUUUUAGGUAUACUCCAGAUCAGCUUACCAAAAUGGAAGAUUCCAAUCGAAUAAGAAAACAACUACAACCUCUGCAACUUAUUCAACUAAUAAACGGAUUAAAGCAAGAAUUUUUGGUUGAUGAAAACGUGCUGCAACUCCCACACAAAAUUAAACAGAAGAUAUCACAUGAGAUACUAGCAACAUUGAAACGUGUCAAUGCCCGUGACAAUGCAACACUGCAACGAGACACAGUUGAAAGUUGGCGCCGGAAAAAAUUAAAAGAAGCCAGGGAGCUUGUUAAUAGGAAGACAUCAAAUUCAACUAUUGCCCCCGAGGAAGCUGGUCUACUUGCACAAAUUUUGGAUGUUGACUGGGCUGAGCUGUCAGAAGAAAUUGGUCUUUGGAUACCUGUUGCAAUAAUUCAUAAGGAACAUCACGAAAAACCUGAGGGUGAAGAAGAAUUUGACAAUGAAAUCAUAGCUGGCAGGCGGCUUCCUCCUGAGUGUAAUGUUGAACUUCAUACGGAUUACGGUGGAGAUGCAGUCAGAUGGGGCCUUACCCACCCUAAGGAAUCUGCAUAUGAGUGUUGCAUGGCCUGUUUGAAUCAAGCUAAGAACGCUGGACCUAAUGACAAGAAAUGCAACAUAUGGGUUUAUUGCCCAUCUGAGACCGGAUGCUAUUCUCCGGAUAUUUAUCAACACAAAAAUCAAGAAUGCUGGCUGAAAUAUGCAGAGAAAGCUAAAUCAAGUUUUAAGGACCGAUAUUCUGAGACAUUCAGAAAGGCACACCCAAAUGCACCAGUUGUUGUUCCAUGGAUGUCUGGUGUUGUCAGUGUAUAAAUUCCCACUAACAAAAUAGACACUAAACCUUGAUGCUUCCAUUGUGUUACGGUGUCGUAUAAGAUCCCAAGUCAAGCCACUGUAUGUUGAGAUAAUUGUGGAAUGAGAUUAAUUGAACUGCAGCUUCUAAGCAUAGCAUAGCUGUUUCUCUCUCUCCCUCUGUUCUAUCAUGAAGAGGAACAUAGAGCUUGGACCAUUCUUUUGUAUCACAUGGUGGAUAGAGUGGUAAUGAUAGCUUUAAGUUAGGAACUGACUACAUAUUUGAAAGCUUUUCAUUUUUUAUUUUUACCUACGUCUACCCCAUCCAUCCAUCCUUUUUCACCUGAUGGAUGUAAUAUCCGAAUUGUGCCCAAACAUGUUUAUUAUUCUUUUUUGUUUUUAUGCAAUUUUUUUUCGUGUUUUCCAUCUGA